AUGCUGUGGAAAUGCGGCGACCUCGAGAGUCUAGACUAUGACCUGUUCGAGAGUGUGGUGAAUAAAUCGGGCAUGGGCUACAAGUACCGCAAUGGUCAGGAGAAGAACCGACUCAUCUACGCGCGUUGGUUCCUCACACUCGUCACCGGUGUCAUUACGGCGCUAGUGGCGGUAUUCAUGCUUUACUUCACCACGCUGCUAAUGUCACUGAAGCAGCACCUACUCGAGUAUACCAUUCACCACGAGCUGGCCAAGCACGUGCUCUUCGGCACCACGUUCUGGACCAUCGUGGCAUUCAACCUCGCACUUGUAGCAAUUGCUGCGACUGUCACGUCGUUUGGAGAACCGGUAGCUGCUGGGUCAGGUAUCUCGGAGGUCAAGACGACACUUAACGGCAUGAAAAUUCCACGCAUGUUGCGUCUGCGAACAUUCUUUUGCAAAGUUAUCGGCACUGUGUGCUCCGUUGCUGGCGGCCUCCCUGUCGGAAAAGAAGGCCCUAUGAUUCACAGUGGUGCGAUUGUUGCUGCUGGUCUCUCACAGGGCAAAUCGUCGACUCUCGGUUACGACACAAGUUUUUCCUAUUUCGCAGGCUUCCGAAAUGAUAGAGAGAAGCGCGAUUUUGUUGCUUGUGGUGCUGCGGCUGGUGUGGCGUCAGCUUUCGGAGCGCCUAUCGGUGGAGUAUUGUUCGUGCUAGAAGAAGGCGCUUCGUUCUGGAACCAGACACUCACGUGGAGAACGCUGUUUUGUGCCAUGUCGGCAACUUUCACGCUGGCAUUUUUCCUAUCCGGAAUGAACGAUAACUUGUCUUGGGGUACACUUGGAAGCCAUACGGGAAGCUUUAGCUUCGGACCAUUUACCUCCAGUACGUAUCAGAUAUGGGAGGUGCCUCUGUUCAUUCUCAUGGGUAUUGGUGGCGGAUUGCAAGGAGCAUUCUUCAAUGGGUUUAACACCCGUUUAGCGAGGAUACGCUCUCGGUGGGUUCGUACGCGAGGUGUGGCCUGGGUGGAGGCUCUAUUGCUGUCAGUUUUGAUCUCUUCGCUGCUGUUCUCGACGCCUUUCUUGCUCGGUAAAUGCCACAACUUGCCCCAAGCGCGUGAAGAUGUCGUUCACCUUGCAGACACAGCAGGAGCCGCAGAAGCGCCUAACAAAGCCUUCGUUUUUGGGAUGGAAAUGCUGAAAAAGAACGGCUCGGCUUGCAUUUGUGAGAGCUGUGCGAGUGUCUCGAUGGACGGUGCUGAGUGCUUCCAAGCCGACGAGACUGUGCAGUACCCAUACAAGAAAGAACUGCUGCGCUUUUAUUGUCCUGAGGGUCAAUACAAUGACCUGGCGUCCCUCAUGUUGACAGGAGGAGAAACAGCCAUCAAGCAUCUGUUCCACGCGCCGCCGGACUCUUUUGAUGUUCGAAACCUCGUGGUCUUCUGGUUUAUGAUGCUGCUACUGGCGUGUAUCACUUAUGGUCUCAAGAUCCCAAGCGGGUUGUUCGUACCGGCACUGCUGAUCGGUGCAGCUUAUGGGCGCCUCUGGACUCGUGUAAUUAAUUACUUUACAAGUCUACAACAACUGAAAGCUGUAGAUCCACGAACCUACGGACUUGUGGGGAGCCUGGCGAUGCUCGGUGGCGUGACUCGUAUGACCAUCUCGCUCACUGUCAUCAUCCUCGAGUGUACUGGCAACAUCGAGUUUGGUCUGCCGCUGAUCCUCACGUCGUUCUUUGCUCGCUGGGUGGGCAACUAUUUCAACGAAGGAAUCUACGAUAUCCACAUUCAUCUGCGUCACGUGCCGUUCCUGGACUGGAAUCCACCACUUCGCGGCGCCUUCUUGCGUGUUAAGCACAUUAUGACUGCGAAUCCGAAGACGCUGCGUACGGUUGAGCGAGCCGGUGUUAUCUUCGAUCUGCUUGUGAGUACGAAACACAACGCCUUCCCUGUCAUCGUGGAGGAUCCAACCUUCGGUAGUCGCUUUUUCGCAGGCGUUAUACUGCGGAAACAGCUGAAUGUGCUGCUGAGCCAUAGCGACUUUAGCAUUGAAAAGCCCAAGCCGUUCCAUCGCCAACCGCAUCCUGCUUCCUCCCAGCCAGACGUGACACCGACGGGUGGUCUGCGUCGUCGUCGCCCAAGAGACCUGGAAUCAAAUGUGACGCCUCGCGUAGAUGAUAAACUACUGGAAUCGCCUUUUGCUAGCGACUACUGUCUGUCGUAUCACGACAUGGAGGCACAUUACCCUCGAUAUCCGAUUCCAAGUCCCAUGCACCAGGAUUUUCGAGCUGCUGUCCACGCUGGUCGCAUUGCGGGAGAUGAACUUUACACGCUGUCAGAAGAAGACCGAGGCAUGUGGGUGGAUCUAACGCCAUACAUGAACCAGACGCCCUAUCUGAUUCAAGAGGAGGCGCCGUUUGUCCGUGCUUAUCGUCUCUUUCGCAGCGCUGGUCUGCGUCAUCUUGUUGUAGUGAAUCGUCACAAUAACGUGCGCGGAAUCAUCACACGGCGUGAGUUGGAGGAGGAACAUUGCGCUCGUUGCUUCCGUCUGGCCAAGAAUAUUGAUACGGACGAUGUGUAUCCGCUGUCUAACGCCCCUCCGGUUGGAUUCUUCCGCAAGCUACGGCGCACAGUGUCGCGCACCGAACAGGUUAAGCGUGCACUGGGCAACUCGGUCCCGCGUGGCAACGACAACGACGGCACUGAGUUGCUUCCACGUCAAGUGUGA